AAAGGUUGAUGAUUCUAAGACCUUGGCGUUUUCACUUCUGAACAAUCGGGUGAAAAUGUUUCGCUUGUUCGUCUUCGUAUUGGCCUUGGCUUGCCCUUCUUUGUACACUUCCCUGUCGCUGGAGAACCGCCACGUAAGGUUUUACAGUUUUAUAACUUUCUUUCAAGAUAUACACUUUUCUGUAACAUUGAUUCCAUUAAGUAAACUUCAGGCUGACAAUUUUCGCAAGCCUUGCGAGAGACGUCGCGCUUUUGAGCGCAUUUGAUCAUGCUUUAUGGAAUAUUACAUUUAACAUAAGUUUUAAUUAAUUGUGGUUAAUUGACUAAAAAGUUCCCAUCAAUGAGACCAUUUUAGGCUUGCGUUCCUAUGUGGCGAAUUUCCCAUGACGAAUCCUAAGUAAACUUAACUAUGAAACUUCUGUUUAUCCAAGCAAAUUUUCAGACUGGUCAAGUUCAGUAUUAAUCCAAUUGAUCUUGCGUAUAAUUUUUCAUUUGUUUAUUUACCUGUUUUGAGGGCUCAAAAAAUGUGCGCGAAAAAGAUUAUUUCACCGUUUCAAUUUGGUAGAGGAAGCAAUAACUUGGCUAGCGCGAAUUGAGAUUCACAUAAAGGUUGAUUAGACACGCGGUUAUGUUGUAUGUUGACAAUCUUUGAUUUCGCUGUUUAAAGUUGCAGACGCUGAUUUAAUAAAAUGAGAGUUUUAGCGCAAGAGCUUAAAAAGUUCAAAUAAUUGCGCCAAGUAAGAAUACUUUUGGGAUUAGUGUGCACAUUUCCUACUUGAGAUACCUUAAAAGUCACUUCGCCUCACAUCAUAUAAGUUGAUUCUGGAAGGGGCUUUGAUUGACGCAAAAAAAGUAGUUAUUCGCACUGUAAAAUGCACUUGGAUUUUAAACAGUUUUGUCCAAGAUUGUUGAUACACAGGAGACGCGUAUGAUGCCAUGCAUAUUGAAUUGACAUCAAUUUAUCCCUGCACUUCUAUUUCUUGAUUUUGAAAUUAUGCUUAUUUUUCUUAAUUUUCGAUCGUCCUAACGGCUUGCAUAAAAAUUCACGGAGAUUUUAAAAUUUUGUGACUUUUAUAAUUUCUGUUUGAUUUUGCGUUUUGGAAAAAGCCGCAAAACUGAUUGGUCUGGGCUAACUAAAGUUCGUGUAAAAUUAAACUGUCAAAACAAAAUAGAUGAACAGAUAAGGUUAUGUUGUAUUAAUUAAAAUUCUCAGCACCAAGAUUUGUUCAGUUACUUUAGUAUGGCUGUAUAGUUUGCCGUUCAGAAAGACUGAAUAUUAAUAUACCAAGUCUACGCGUCAGCAUAAGGAACACCUCCAGACCUUUUCUUCAAGUACCACUAAAUCCCUCUUGUUGUGGAUGAAAUGCCUCUAUCUUUAUCACCGACAAAAAAAAAAUGAAAUUAAAGGAAAAGGAAAACUAGACACUGCGUCUGAAUUUUGUAAAGCACACUCUCUGGACAACGAGCAACUGUCGAAAAUCACGACCUUUUCUUCCUCAACGGGCGUGAUGUUUUGGAUCAUAAAGCUCAUUCUAUUCCUUUCCGAAAGGAGGCGUUUUCCUCGCGACAAUGUAGUCUUAAUUGUAAUACACGCUAUUCGUUAAGACAAAGACGGCGUCAGUUCACACAUUAAUAUUAGCUUCAUAUUGUGUAUUCUUUAAUUUUUAGAUUCCGGCAGUGUCACUUGCAAAUAAUAAAGACGAGUUGGAAGGCGAGACGAGUGACGACUCGCUUCAUAGUAAAAGAUUUCAAAGAAGCUUCUUGUCUUCCGAUCAGAGCAAAGACGACUUCUGUGUCAAGACCAUCAAAAAAAUGCAAGAUCUUCUGAACCAGUUUACUGAAGGGCAUGUUCUUGAUAGAAAACUGUGUAAGGACAAAUACAUGGUGCGAGGUUUCCACUACAAACAGAGUAUUCUGAUAGAGACCCGCUCGGCAUUGCCAGUUCACUAUACAUUAACCGUAGAAGGUAAGGGGAAAUUCGGCUGUUUUUUUCUGUUGUUCCUACCUUCGGCAAUCUCUCAAAUCUCGUGAAGAAUAAUUCAGUAACAGUAAGUACUAAACUGAUAAAGGGAGCAGCGCGAAAAACAAAACAGAAUUCUCAUACCCUGCAGUUCCCGUUGAAAAGUAAUAUUUUAGGAAAAAAAUAUGCCAGUCAUGCAUUAUAAGGGUUAAAUUGAGCUGUCAAUUACCAGUGUUUGGUAUUACAUUAUUACCGUAGAACCUCGAUAGCUCGAACUCCCUGCUAACUCGUAUGAAGUUCGAUUUCCCUUGGAUUUACCCCCACAGUUUUACUCGGUUAAGUCGUGGAUACCUCGAGUUCCCCGCUUACUCGAACUAAUUUCCUUUCCCUUGAUCAAAAUUUCACUGAAAUUUACAACGCUAACUCGAAUUCUGGUUCUUGUAAUUCCACUCGGAUGCCACUUCUUCUUGCAUGCAGCAAUUUGAUUCUAACUGGUGCAAUCAUAAAAUGCAUAAGCAUGUUACUUACCGUUUCUGAUGAAACAACUUAAAUUUGCAAUGUACUAUCAUGUACACUGAAGUGCUGAAAAAUCAGUAACCAUCAAUCAUUGACAUGGCCAAUUCAAUCGAUCCCAAUAACUCGAACCCCUGCUAACUCGAACUGUAUUACAAAACGCUAAAAACACAUUAGAAUCAAGGAAAGCCCCGAAUAAUGGCUCUGUUUUAUUUACAAUUUCUCGCCCCUAGUAUACCUAUUGUAGUCAUCAACUUGAAGUUUGAACGUGUCUUUGGCCAGGAUGGAACCAGGUUGCGACUUGAUACUUUUUUUAGAACUUUUUUGCUGUCAAAAAAUGACAAAAACCGAUGAUAGAAAUAUCCUUUUGGAGUUCCAAGUAUGAGAUGACAAAGAAUACUUACCGUAUUUCCUAAAAUUAUACCCGUUCCUCGAUUAAUCGCCUCCCUCGAAUUAUCGCCCCUCUUAGGUGAAAAUAUUUAAAAUAAUCGCCUCCCUCGAAUUCUCUUGUCUUUCUUUUAUCCUCUCCUUGUCAAGCUGAAGUGGAAUCUGAUCCAGCAAAACUGAUCAGUGAUGAUUCAAGAUCUGAAAAUCAAUCAAGGAACCAAAUUUGGAACACUUAAAAAGCCCAUGUUCAGUUUAUUUGAUGUGAUCAUAAAACAAAAUAUUCAAGGCACAACUUCAGUGAGCAGUAUUGAAAUAAUAGCCUCCCUCAAAUAAUACUCGCCCCCGGCUAAUAUUCGAGGAAAUACGGUAGUUUAACUUAAGCUCAGCUUUAACCAAAAAGGAAAGGAAUCGACGUAACAGCCACUUAAGGAUAGAGUUGUACCCUGGUAGAGUUAAAUACGUUCAAACAAUCUCAGGGACGGCCAACAACUAGCCUGAUAUACAUAUGAGCUCUGCAGCUUCUUACGAAAUAAAUCUUUCAGAAAGAACGACUCUAACAGGUACUUUAAGCCCAUUGACAUCUUCUCAUAGGACUUCUCCCUUAUAAACGGGAAACAAAAUCCGCAUAUCGAUUAACAUAUAUUGUUAUUUUCAGUGAACCACAAGGCAUUGGUUGAUGAACAGAAAGCUUCGUUAUCUGGGGAAGAUCUUCGAGUAUUCUAUCGCGCCAAUGAAAGUAGCUUGCCAGUUGAGAUUGAUCGCAUAAUCAGCAACGUGUAUACAGCUAGCACAAGUGUUCAGUUCAGGACCCAAGAGGCGAUAACCGCAAAGACUAUUGAUGGCAAAUCGUACGCUCUAGUUUUUGGUGGCAAGCCACCUCACGGGGUCAAAGCUGACAAAAGGAACGUCUUCGCCUUCUUUGAAGAUUUCUCCACCUCAGACCUUGGGGAGUGGACCCGUGUAUGGGGAGAGUGGACUGUAAAGGAUGGGCAUUUGUUUGGAAAGACUGGAAAAUCUACUUUUGGCUACGCUGAGGUAGGACUUUACCUCAAAAAAGGUAAAGCAUGGAAGGACAUUGAAGUAGACCUGGAUUUUAUGGAGACGGGCUCACACGUAGUCUAUCCUGGGCCUUUUUUCCGAGUUCAGGAUUUCAGGCUUCAGCAUACAACAGCCUGGUGGUUUGAGUAUUACACAGAUCAUAAAGACUGUACCAUGAGACCCUUCGUUAACAACAAAGACGGCAGUUGGAUUUACAAAUGUCAGCUCCCUGAACCACUUGUUAAAAAUAAAUGGUUUCACUUUAAGUAUCGUUUGAUAGGGAACAAAAUAACUCAGUGGGCCAAUGGUAUUUCCAUACAAAACACUGCAGUAAGCAGCACGUGGAUGAUCCCCAGCGGCACCAUAGCUUUGGGCUGUCAUAGCAUCUACAGUGGGAGUCUCACCGGCUGCAGGUCAUAUUACGACAAUAUAAAGGUCCGCAUCCUUGUAAAAACCAAACCCAGAGUGAUCACAGGAAACAUUUGUCGCCUUCCUCUCCACAAAUAUCCGACCCUUGGAGGAAAAAUGAGGCCUGCUGACUCUUGCAAGCAGAUCUACGAUGCGAAUCUCACUGGGAAAGCCAAAUCAUCGGCUGUUAAUGGGGUCUACUGGAUCAAGACAGCAAAAGCAGGUACGAAAAGCAGCCCAACGUUCUGUGACAUGGACAAAGGUGGAUGGACUCUUGUUGGAAAAAUCAGCGGCCAGGUGGGAAACAUCUUCAAUUCGUGGCUUGUACGAAACGUCAACAGUAACCUUUUGAAGUCGCCCGGAAUGAACUCGGGCAGCAUUGAGUAUGCCUGCCUGGAUGCUCGACAUCUUGCAGUAUGUCAUUCAUCUGAGGUUAUGUUCUCGAGCAGCGAAAAUCAUUCCGGAGUUGGAAACAGGUGGAUUCGAUGGAAGAUGCCAUUGGACAGAAAUUAUGGUACUUGGUGGAAUCAUGGCGUCGGUCAGGCAAAAGUGGCAGCAGCUACUGCAAACCAAGUAACUGUUACGGUAUCGAAUGGGAAAAGCCAGGUACGAGAUGAGCAAUGUAAGAAAAAGGAACGAAUUUCAUGUUGGCCUAAUUACCCGAAUAAGUAGUCGAACGAGUGGAGUGUGAGAUAAUUGAGUGCCCAACGAAGCAAUUCCUUAUGCAUCGCUUUCACAGAUUUACCAUGUUGAACAAGCUGGCUAGCCUGAAUUUCAUCCGAUUACUUCGAGUCGUUAUUACUCCCUCAGUUGUUGAGAGGAGAAAACGACUCGAAGCAAUCGGAUGAAUUUCAGGCUACAAGCUGGCCACAAUUUAGCCACUUUUCAUGAAAUAGUUCUCAGAAAAUAGCAGACAAUGAACUUAAGGUUGCCGAAGACCUUCUAUUCGCUUUCUUUUGCCUUACAAUAUAACAUGUAGUGCGCUCGAUAGCCAUUUUUUUUAGCAGUUUUUCGCAAAUCCGCUGGGUUUGUUGCCGUUGCUUUUAUAUCUUUCGAUAACAUCUGUCUUUCUUUCCAUAAGGUUUGUUACCAGAACAUGUACGGGAUAAUGCCAUUGCAGCAACACGGUGGUUCGUACCCUUACGCCUCGAUUAACAAGCAAGGAAAUACAGCUGUGAAAGACUACUGCAUGGCGGUUGGCGUGAUGUUAGCAGGUUCCAAAGCAAACGGAUGGAGUCAGAACGCUAAUGGAUAUGACAGUCCUAAGAGCGAUUCUGAUUGGCCAAACACACGAUAUGAUCACUCCAAUCCCCAUUUGCUGGUUUGGCUCAAGUAAAAGGCAUAGAGCGAGGGACCGAAGUAAUUAAAACCUUUCUUUAAUUGCUAGAUUAUUAUGUUCUGUUUUUUAUUUCUUAAAAGCGUCUCUAAAGUGGUUUGGUAACUGACUAACUGAUUGAUUGAUUGAUUGAUUGAUUUAAUGACUGAUGGAUUUAUUGAUUGAUUGAUUGAGUCAGAAUUGGCUUUUUGAUUUAUAUAUUGACUGAUUGUUUUGAGAUCUCGUACUGUACUCGUAACAAUAAACUGAAACUUGAUAAUAUUUGCUUUGUUGAAGUGCAAGAGCUGGUAACAUACUUGCAAGAUAAGCUUAGGUUGCACAUUUAGAAAUAAAGGAGUAGCC